GCUUCCCCAGUCUUUUCUUUCCCUCUCCUUCUUUCUGUCUCCGUAUUUGUGCUGCCAUUAGUCAAUAGUUUCAUCAACUCUUCUCUAGUUUAGAAGAAGAUGGAGAGCAGCAUAGGGAAGAAAAGAAUAGCAUAAAAGAUAAAGCAAAGAAAAGAAGGCGGCAAAAUAUUGUAGAUACAAAAAUAUCAUUUCCUAGAAUUCUCCACUCAUUGUCUCUUUCUAUUUAAAAGGGGAGUCUUUGGAAGCCAAGAAUACUCAUCGGCCAUCAUGGGCGUCGAGCCUAUACCGGUGGGACGCGGCCAAGGACGGUCGGCGCUGCUGCUGCUACUGGCGGUGGCGGCAGCGGUAAUGUUGUCGUCGCCGUGGCUCGUCACUCCAGUCGAUGCCUCAGUUUCCUACGACCGCAAGGCCCUCAUAAUCAACGGAAGGCGCAGAAUCCUCAUCUCCGGUUCCAUUCACUACCCCAGGAGCACUCCGGAGAUGUGGCCAGAUCUUAUCCAGAAGGCCAAAGAUGGCGGCUUGGACGUAAUCCAGACCUAUGUGUUCUGGAAUGGGCACGAACCCUCCCCUGGCCAGUACUAUUUUGGAGGGAACUACGACUUAGUUCGCUUCGUCAAGCUGGUGAAGCAGGCCGGACUCUACGUUCAUCUCCGAAUUGGUCCAUACGUUUGUGCCGAAUGGAAUUUUGGGGGAUUUCCUGUCUGGCUAAAAUAUGUUCCUGGUAUCAGCUUCCGGACUGACAAUGAACCUUUCAAGGCGGCAAUGUCAAAAUUCACAGAAAAGAUUGUCUCCGUGAUGAAGUCUGAAGGAUUAUUCGAAUCACAGGGUGGCCCCAUAAUCCUCUCUCAGAUCGAAAAUGAAUAUGGUCCACUUGAGGAUUAUUACGGUGGUGGUGUAGCGAAGAAUUACGCAAGCUGGGCUGCUCACAUGGCAGUUGGCCUCAAUACCGGCGUGCCCUGGGUCAUGUGCAAACAAGAUGAUGCUCCUGAUCCAGUUAUCAAUACCUGUAAUGGUUUCUACUGUGAUGAUUUCUCACCAAACAAGCCAUAUAAGCCUACUAUGUGGACAGAAGCUUGGACUGCCUGGUACACUGCUUUCGGAGGGCCAGUUCCUGAAAGGCCUGUUGAGGACUUAGCUUUUGCGGUUGCAAGGUUUAUACAGAAAGGUGGAUCCUUCGUUAACUACUAUAUGUACCAUGGAGGAACAAACUUUGGUAGGACUGCUGGUGGUCCAUUUAUUUCAACAAGCUAUGACUAUGAUGCUCCAAUUGAUGAAUAUGGUCUCCUAAGGAAACCAAAAUGGGGUCAUCUGAGGGACAUGCAUAAAGCUAUCAAGAUGUGUGAACCAGCUCUUGUAUCAGCAGAUGCCACUGUGACAAAACUUGGAAAUUAUGAGCAGGCACAUGUCUUCAAAUCAAAGUCCGGUGCUUGUGCUGCAUUCCUCUCUAACUACAACCCAAAAUCAUCUGCAAUAGUUACUUACAAUGGAAAGAAAUAUGAUAUUCCACCUUGGUCCAUCAGUAUCCUUCCUGACUGCAAAACUGCAGUAUUCAACACUGCAAGGGUAGGAGCUCAGACAUCACAGGUGAAAAUGUCACCGGUUGGCAAGUUUUCUUGGACGUCCUUCAGUGAAGAGACCAAUUCAUUAGAUGAUAACUCAUUCACGAAAAAUGGGUUAGUGGAACAGAUAAGCAUGACAUGGGACCGGACAGACUACCUGUGGUACACUACAUCCAUUGACAUUGGCCGAAAUGAGAAUUUUUUGAAGAAUGGCCAGAACCCUGUUCUUACUGUGAUGUCUGCAGGUCAUGCUAUGCAUGUUUUCAUCAAUGGACAGAAGGCUGGAACUGUCUAUGGCGGUUUAGACAGCCCGAAACUGACUUAUACAGGAAAUGUGAAAUUAUGGGCAGGAAGCAACAAAAUCUCAAUUCUAAGUGUAGCUGUUGGACUACCUAAUGUUGGUAAUCAUUUUGAGACAUGGAAUGUUGGUGUUCUUGGUCCAGUGACACUGGAAGGUCUUAAUGAAGGAAGGAUAGAUCUUACAUCUCAGAAAUGGACUUACCAGAUUGGUCUGAGAGGUGAAUCUUUGAAUCUUCACACAAUUAGUGGCAGUUCUUCAGUUGAGUGGGGAGGUGCAUCUAUAAAUCAGCCCUUGACUUGGUACAAGGCUUUCUUCAAUGCUCCAGCUGGGAAUGAGCCAUUGGCAUUAGAUAUGAGUAGCAUGGGUAAAGGUGAAGCAUGGAUCAAUGGACAGAGCAUCGGUCGCUACUGGCCUGCCUACAAAGCAUAUGGUUCUUGUGGUGGUUGUGAUUACCAUGGCACAUACAGUGAGAAGAAAUGCCAAACUAAAUGUGGAGAGUCUUCACAAAAAUGGUAUCAUGUUCCUCGCUCCUGGCUAAAUCCAACUGGAAACCUUGUGGUUGUGUUUGAAGAGUGGGGUGGUAAUCCAACAGGCAUCAACCUGGUAAAAAGAACAGCCAUAUGAACAGGCUUGUUGCUGAAGCUAUCUGCAGAUAAUAGCUGUAGAGGGGUGAUUAAGUUAAAAUAAAUAAGAUAAGAUAGUAUUCUUCUAUGUCAUCCAUAAAACAAAGUUUCAUGAGUUAUUGUGAUCAGUGGAGAUGCAGGAACUGCAGCCACUGACAAAGAAGGUAUUGCCUGGUUAAGUUUCAGCAAGUGUACCUAUAUUAGCAUGUUCAACAUGGCUUGUCAAUAGUAAUAUCGGUAGCAUUAAGCAUUAUACUGCACAUGAGACUCUGAAUAUAAUGUUUGAGUCCAUGUGUGGACAUCUAAGAAUUGGUGGUAGCAAACUGUCGGUUUAUAUUCUGUAAGGGGUCAGAUUUAAAUGUCUACAGAGUUGAAUGGUUGGUCUUGUUAUUGCAAUAACCAAGCAUUGCUUUUAUACUACUUAAGCUUGUAAGGACUAUGAUUCAUGAUAUACUACCUUUAUCUUUCAAUGUGCAA